GGUGUGAUGCGGACUGACUGACGGACUGUACCCGGAGAGAGGCGCCCUGUUGCGGCUGCAGCUCAGAGCCCUGCACCGCUCAUCCAGCUGUGAGACGCCAUUAGCGUUUAUCUUUCUUCCUCCGCCGAUGAUUUCUGGAGGUUCACAAUCCAGAGUAAUAGCAGCAGUAGUAGACGCGCGCCUCUACCCAGCGUGCGUGCGCACAUGCGUAAAGUGUAGUAGGUGGGCGCGCAUGGCAUCUCGGAGCUGUGCCGUCCUCCGCCGCUGGGUCGCUUCAUGAUGCCGAGCGGAACGGGGCGCUCGCACGUCUCUGUGUGCGGCUACAACCGCAGUUUCCGAGGCUGAAGUCGGAUGAGACGGGAGAGAGGAGCCGGAGACACGAUGAUGGACGAUGCGAGCCGCGGGCAGCUGUAACGUCGGCGGACACACGCGUGGAUUCAGCAACGAGGGUCGACAUUUAGGGCUUUUGACGUUUGACAUUCAGCAAGCGACAGAAUGAUCGAGGAGGGCAGUAAACGAGGCAAGGCCAUGGUGGAGAAGAGGCAGCUCUUCAUGGAAAUGAGAGCUCAGAACUUCGAUGUUAUCAGACUGUCGACUUACAGGACCGCCUGCAAACUCCGGUUUGUGCAGAAGAGAUGCAACCUUCAUCUGGUGGAUGUCUGGAACAUGAUCGAAGCCUUUCGCGACAACGGCCUCAACACAUUGGACCACAAUGCUGAGAUCAAUGUGUCGCGGCUGGAGACUAUCCUGUCUUCCAUCUACUACCAGCUCAACAAGCGGUUGCCCACCACCCACCAGAUCAACGUGGAGCAGUCCAUCGGGUUGCUGCUCAACUUCAUGGUGGCCACCUAUGACAGUGAAAGCCAUGGGAAGUUGACAGUUUUCUCAAUGAAAGCAAUGCUGGCGACAAUGUGUGGAGGGAAAAUUGUGGAUAAACUACGUUAUAUUUUCUCACAGAUCUCUGACUCGAGUGGCAUCAUGGUGUUUGCCAAGUUCGAUCAGUUUCUUCGGGAGGUGCUGAAACUACCCACAGCCGUGUUCGAGGGCCCCUCAUUCGGCUACACGGAGCAUUCGGUGCGGACGUGCUUCCCCCAGCAGAAGAAGAUCAUGCUGAACACGUUUCUGGAUGUGUUGAUGGCAGAUCCUCCUCCUCAGUGUCUCGUGUGGCUACCACUCAUGCACCGACUUGCUAAUGUUGAAAAUGUCUUCCAUCCGGUAGAAUGUUCAUAUUGCCGGAGCGAGAGCAUGAUGGGUUUUCGGUAUCGGUGCCAACAGUGCCAUGGCUACCAGCUUUGUCAGAGCUGCUUCUGGCGUGGCCAUGCCAAUGGUCCCCAUAGCAACCAGCACCAGAUGAAGGAGCACUCGUCUUGGAAGUCUCCAGCCAAAAAGCUGAGCCACGCAAUCAGUAAAUCUCUCGGCUGCGUCCCCAUCGGAGAGCCGCCACAUCCUGUGUUCCCCGAGCAGGCCGAGAGACCGCAGGAACUCGCCCAUACUGUUCAGCCGAAACCAGUGGCCAACAACAUGAACGACACAAUUCUCAUGUCCUCUGGGGCACCUACUCCUACCAAAAGUGUCUUGGAGAGUCCUAGCCGGCUAGAUGAAGAGCACCGCCUCAUCGCUCGCUACGCUGCCCGCCUGGCAGCCGAGGCGGGCAACUCCACCCAACAGUGUCCUCCAACAGAUCUGAGUUUCAACUUUGAUGCCAACAAGCAGCAGAGGCAGCUGAUCGCAGAGCUGGAGAACAAAAACAGGGAGAUCCUGCAGGAGAUCCAGAGGCUGCGUCUGGAGCAUGAACAGGCCUCUCAGCCGACCCCGGAGAAAGCCCAGCAGAACCCCACGCUUCUGACUGAACUGCGGCUCCUCAGACACAGGAAGGACGAGCUAGAGCGGCGCAUGUCGGCACUGCAGGAGAGCAGACGGGAGCUGAUGGUGCAGCUGGAGGGGCUCAUGAGGCUGCUAAAGGAUGAGGAGCAGAAGCAGGCUUCCCAGUCCGGAGGCUCUCCUCAUUCUUCCCCCAGUCACGGCGCAGGCUGCUCCAUGCCCAUGCCCAUACGCUCCACCUCAGCUGGUUCCACCCCAACCCACACACCGCAGGACUGCCUGGCAGGGGUGGGAGGGGACGUGCUCGAGGCCUUCGCUCAGGGUGUACCUAGAAACCUUCGGAAUGAUUUAUUAGUUGCUGCUGAUUCAAUCACAAACACCAUGUCAUCUCUGGUGAAAGAGCUGCACUCAGUUGACGACGUGGGAGAGGAAGAGGAGGCCAACAUGAGGAACGGUGGGGACAGAGGCACAGUGAGAUUACAGAGGCACUGAAGGGAAAGAAAGCACCAUCCCAUCCUGUAAGGACAUAGAGUCAUCAAGUUUGAAGAAUUGGUAUCAACAACAACAACAACAAGAACCCUGGCAGUAGCACGUAGAGUAAUGCAUGCUGUAAUCUACAGGAUUUCACUAUGUGAACAAAAAAAAGUGUCUCUUCACACCUUGCAGGUAGCAAGAUGUGUUUAAUUAGCGAGUGUGUGUGUCGUCCUGUAAACAAAAAAACUGCUGUAAGUACCCACGAUCUCCCUCAUGACUGCUAUAAGGAAUGGCUUGCUGUGAUCCCCCCCCCCUACUGUUCCACUGCAGCAGGUCAUUCUGUGUAAAAAAAAUAAAUACUGUAAGUCACAUGACCUCGGAUACGCCCUCCCCCCCGACAUGGAGCGAGAUGACCCUCUUUCACAACAUGUUCCCCGUCAUUGCUUUUGUAUGAUUAGUGCGAGUAGCUCUUUAUUUCUUUCUUUUUGUUUUUAAUUUAUUCUUUUUGCAUGAAGUUGCACUCAUGUCUGGAUUUAGGUACUGCACCAUGCUAUGCCAGCUCUUUGUAGGUUUAUGAUGACAGUGUCAGAAGAGUCCUGCCUCAGAGUUCAUGCUGAGUGUGUUUACUGCACCAUCCGUUGUUUUGGAGUGCGAUGCUGUCAAGUCUCACUUUCAGGAAUAGUUCAACGUUUCGGGGAAAAUGCUCCUGUCUGUCUGUUCGGCUGGAGCCAGGACGCAGUCGGCUGACUGGCUCAGACUGGAAACUGAGAGUUAGAACAGUUACUGCAUGUGAGCAACAACAUGAUUGCUUGAAAUCUUUUAUUAAUUUUCAUUUAAAGGACCAUGUACAAUAUACAGUUUAUGUUACAUCUGACGUCUUGUAUCAGAGUGAGUUUAAAAUCAGGGUUACACUGUUUUGGACUCUCGGUCACACAAAACACUGAACUCUGACCGCCACCGAGGAGGUUCUGUUUUCAUUUGUGUUGUUUGUUAGUGAGCACGAUUACACAAAAACUACUGGACGGAUUACCACGAAGUUUAGUGGUAGUUUGUGAUAUGCUUGAGGGAAACACCCUUAAACCUUUCUUUAACAUUUCAAGAUUCCUUUACAUUUCUGUUGAUUCCUCAGAGAAUAAUUCCUGGAUCUUGAUUGAUUUACAUUCCUUGGCCUUGCACAAGUCUCAUUGUCUCAUUGAGUCUACCAGCCAGGCUACAUAACUCCCCCCCACCAAAAAACGUUUCUGUGCUUCAUUAUAAAGCCAGCCCCUGCUUUCUCUGUCCAUGCUAAGCUAAGCUAAACUGGCUCCAGGCUGUUGUCUCACAUCGACCUUUUACAGACAUGAGAGUCCCAUCGAUCUUCUCAUCUAACUCUCUACAAAUAUUUCCCCGAAUGUUGAACUACUCCUUCAAUCGUUCAAAAGAAAUGAUUUAAGAAAAUAAAAGGUAAUGAAAAUAACUGGUAGUAGCAGCCAUCACCAGGAUACCAAGGACAUUUACAGAAUCGUUUGGUCUGUCCAGCUGUUCCCAUCGUUCCAGUGGAAGUUCUGAGUGCUUGUCUGAUCCCCAUUCUGACCUCAAGCAGAAAAAUACAGUACGGGCCUGUCUCCAGAAUACUGUGUACGUGCAUGUAAACACACUCGCUGAAUCACACACUGUACUACUGCUGCUACUGUGCUCUCAGCGAGCCACCCUUGCAAAUAAGAGGGCUGUGCGGUUAAGAGAAAACCGAGGGGCUACACUGAAGUUUCCUCCUAAUGAAAACUUAACUGACUCACCUGAAGGGCAUUGUUAACACUCGACGCAGCACGGUGCCUCCUGACUAUAGCUGGUAGCCUCAGUAUUUAUUGUUCCAAGUGUAGGGAAGCACCUCAGGAUGUUUAAUAGUCAUGAAUUAGGCGUCGCGUUUUCAUUGUGAGUUGCAAAAUGAACACUUAACACGGUAUGUGAGGAUGUGCGGUAGUCGUGAGCAAGUAGGAAAUGCUUUGAUAGCUUUAUUUAGUUAAUAAGGGAAUUUUGAAAAUGUUUAUGUGCAAUGACGGCCGGUGCUCAGGGACCGCAGAGCUCCUCCAGGUGAAAUGCGGUGGGGAUGUCCUUUAAUGAUGAGAAGUUAAAGGCAGAAAGGAAAGGUUUCAUUCUAAAAUGCUGUUUAUCAUGGAUCAAGUUUUCAAGCUGCUCGUCGUAAAGUUUUAAUAGGACCAUCUGAAGUGGUACAUUUACUUUCAUUUCACCAGUCGAUUUGUCUCAUUUUGGGAUGAAACUCUUUAAGCAUUCGGAGGAAAACAACAGCGAGUGAUUAAACGGCGGGUGAAGAAUGUGGAUUAUGAGAAGGGGUUUUUCUGAAGUGCUAUUUAAUGAAGCAUGCUGUCGGGUAUAAUUUGUCUGUGUGUGAAUUUGUGUCUUUCACUGAGAAGUAAUGCGAGCUGUCUGUCACAGAGGAUUAUUUUGAGUCAGGUCUUUAUGUUUUUUUUUUGUCUUCUCGUUCAAUGUGUUCCGUCUUUCAGUGUUGCCGUUCAUCUCAAACUAAAAAAAGAGUAUCGAGAAGUAUAAUUUUUUUGUUUCGGGAUCUGUACAGUAUACGCCUGCUCUAUAAGCUACGUAUAAGGUUUCACCAACCUGUUACACUGUGUCGAGAAAAAGAAGAAAAAGAGGCUCCUCUGUUAUCGUCGAUCUAAAUGUGAUAUUUUCAUUCAGUUCUCUCUGUUCUGCUCUGUGUUGCCAUCACUGCUCUUAUUCUGGUUUUGCAGUAUUAGUGGAGUAUAGUCAAUGUAAUGAGUUUGUCUUAACGCAGAUGCACAUGCACCCUCACACUUGCAUAGUCGCCCAGUGAUUAAUAAGGGUAGAAAACACCACAGAUAAAGAUUCUGCUGUCAAACACUUUAUUUGAAUUCAGCUGAAAAUGGUCCAGAAAUUAUUCAAAUGCACAGAUUAAACUUUAAGGAGUCACUGGUUUCCCCUUCUGGCCUCACACUGAAAUGCAAAACUCAGCUUUCUUUCAUUUCUUUCAGUUUGUGCCUGUAGCUGUUCUGUAAAGUGCUGUAAAAAAAAAAAAAAGUAACCAUUCAGCAAAUAAGACGAUCUAUCGGCCUUCAUGUCGGCGUUUUUAGUGUGUGACUGGAGCUUUUAUUCAUUUAUUUAUUGUGUUCUGCGGGGAAGUUAAAUGCUCAGCCUUUACAUUUGUGCCAAACUGUUGCGGACAUUGUGUGUCAGGUAUAUAUCCAAGUAUAUCUGCAUUAGUAUGUUGUUGUUGCUCAUAGUUUAUUCACAGAAUGCCUGGAGACGUUCACAUCCAAGGGUUCCCGCUGCUGGAAUCUGCUGGAGAAACCCAUAUUCAAUAGUCAACACAGAUAGAAAACACAUUCCAGAUCUAUUGAUAGACUGAUGUCAUUUUAACCAACACAGAGGCAAUACUGUAAAACCCUGUCAGACCAAACUUGGGGUAAUAGAAGUAACACACAGCCGAUCAUACAGAGGUACAUACAUUGUGAUCCUUUUAUUGUUUGCAGAGAGACAAUGUGCACAGAGGUCCACCUCGGCCACAGCGCUCCCCUGAUGUUAUUUAUCUAUGUAUGUGUUCUGUAUGGUUACGCUACCGGUACUUAUAUGUUUCUCAUGUUGAGUUUACAAAACAUAGUUUUAUGUCACAAAGCCACAGUUUUUUUGUAAAUAAAUCAAAUGUGAGAUAUA